UCACAAUCUGCAAACAUAUAAGAAAAUAAGCAAGACCCUUCAAGAAAAUCCCAACUCCAAAACCUCCAUCAAGCUUUUAUUUUCCUCCAGAAAGGGGGUAUAUGCAUACAUAUUUAUACAUAAAUAUAUGGGAAGCUUAGAGGAGGAAAGGCUUGUUCAAAUGGUUCAUGACUUCAUAGAACAAGAAUCAUCACCACCUAUUUUUCCUGCUUCAUCAAACUGCCUUGCUAUGGACCAUCAAGCUAAAUACUUUGCUUUGCAGGAGAUACUUGGAAAAAUGACAGAAGCGGAAGCUAAGGUUCUUGACAGUGUGUUGAAGCAUAUGAGAAGCAAUAAAGAAGUUGAAAAAACAAGUAGCUUCAAGAAGUGGCUUGUCAUGAACUUGAAAAUUGAUGGCUUUAAUGCUUCUAUUUGUCAAACUUCUUGGGUCACUUCCUUAGGAUGCCCUGCUGGUGAUUAUGAGUACAUUGAGAUCAUUGUGUUGAAAGAAGAGAAUGGGAAGACAAAGAGUAGUAGGCUAAUAGUGGACAUAGAGUUCAGGUCUCAAUUUGAACUAGCAAGACCAACACCAUCCUACAAAGAACUCACAGACACACUUCCAACAAUUUUUGUAGGCAGUGAAGAGAAGCUCAACAACAUCAUCUCUUUACUUUGCUCAGCUGCCAAACAGUCUCUGAGAGAAAGAGGUCUUUAUGUGCCUCCAUGGAGGACCACCACUUACAUGCAAUCCAAAUGGCUCAAAGUCACUGCCAAUAGUAAAAACAAUAUUGGCUAUAAAGAAAAUAAGGAAGCUAAAAAUGGCUCUCACCAUGGUUUUAGCAUCUGGUCACCUCCAAUGGUUAAGCCCAAGAGAAGGGAUUUGAGCAGUGGUCGCGGAGGAUCUGCCUUGUCUAGUCAGUUCUCUAACAUGGGCAUAAAUUGUUGUUAAACAUUUUGCUCUUGUAGUUUCUCCAAUUUUCGUUCUUCUUUUUUUACCCCCCAAAAAAAACUAGAGUUUUAGAAUUUCUUUUGGCACUUGAGUGAUCUUUUUGUACUGAGGUGAUGAGGCUAUUUACUAAAUAAUUAAUAUUUUAUUUUAUUUA